AUGCCACCCCUGCAGCAGCAACAGAUUAGGGGUCCAUCCCCGGUAGUGAAGGCGGCAAUUCCAGCCACAACUGCGAAAUGUCUACCCGACGCUCCAAGAUCUAGCUAUAGAGAAGAUGUGGCAGGCAGCAAGCAGCUCACCGGCAGUUCCUCGGCAGGCAGCUCCCCCGGCAGUUCCUCGGCAGGCAGCUCCUCCGGCAGUUCCUCAGCAGGCAGCUCCUUCUGCAGGUCCUAUGGGUCCUCGACCAGCAGCUCCUUCUGCGGAUCCUCCGGAUCCUUGACCAGCAGCUCCUUCUACGGGUCCGAGGCCGGCAGCUCCUCGUGCGGGUCCGAGGCCAGCAGCUCCUUUUGCGAGCUUUCUCGAGCGUGCCCGCUUCUUCCGAGGGCUGCUCCCUGGGUCUCUUCUCUGCUUUUCUCCGUCAUGGGCUUCCCGCUGCGACGGGUCCUUGGGCGGACGGAUCGAGUCCACAGCCAACCGUGCCAUGGGCAGAUUCACUCCCGGGAGUUCUUGAGUUUCCCGGACAACUCCAGAACAAGCCCAGAUGAAGGGACCCACGUUCCUCCAAACAGCUUGUUCAGCCCUCCGGCUCCUCCCUUCUCUGAUAAUACAGGGCCAUCUGCUCACGCCUGA